GAAGAAGAAAAAAGAAAAAAAAACAACAAGAAGGUGUUCUGUUCUUCUUCCUUUUCGAUUUAGUUUCCCAAUUUCGCCUUCUUUGUCGACUCUGUUUAUCGUUCUUCCUCUCAAGCUCCAAAAAUGGCGACAAAACGCUGUGAUAUUAUUUCAUCGUUUAUCUUCCUUUAGAAUCACAGAGAAGAGAUCGAACACGACCGGAUAUUACUCUGUUUUUUUUCCCCCAUUUCAACUUUCCAUUUAAGCUAAUAAUUUUUUCGAAACUUAUCAAACCUUUUGUGAUGACUUCCCCCAUUGGAAUGUACUUGUAAGAUAAAAUGAAAUGAUCCCUGUUUCUGGAUUCUGCAUGCCUUCAAAACUUUAAUUCUUCAUGUCCUACCAUCCCUUUGGCAUUUUGGCACUUUCUUUUGUUUGAAAUCAUCUCAAUCUUCUCUCCUUCCUAUUUAUACCUCAUAUUUUCAUUCCUUACUCCCCAUUCGCAGCAAUCAAACACGCUAAUAACAAUACCCUUCUUCUUCCCUCAUCUGUUUCUUCUUCUCUAACACUCUGUUUUUUCUCCCCUUUUGUGCUCUGUUUUUCGUGUAGCAAUGGCCAGAAUAGCGGAUGUCGUUUCUUUCAGGCAUUUGUUCGUGCUGUCUCUAGCUUUGAAUGUGAGUUUGAUUCUAAGAGGUGUAAAUCAGAAUGAGAAGCACCAAAGUGGAGCUCCAAUGGCGGUCCACAAAGGCACUAAAGCUUCCCAAAUGAGAUUCUUGUCUUUCCCAUCUGAAUCAGCAGCAGCAGCAGCAGCAGCUCACGAAACUCAACCUUCUGUUGAUGAACAUGGAGGACAAAGAGUUAUUAAUCUCGACCAUGGUGACCCGACAAUGUAUGAGCAAUAUUGGAAGGCAAUGGGGGACAAGACUACGAUUGUGAUCCCUGGAUGGCAAUCAAUGAGCUAUUUUUCUGCUGGGAAGAACCUUUGUUGGUUCUUGGAGCCUGAGCUUUCCACCCAAAUUGUGAGGGUACACAAGGUUGCUGGUAACGCUGUGACCGAGGGGCGGCACAUUGUUGUCGGGACGGGGUCCUCCCAGCUCUUCUUAGCUGCCCUCUAUGCCCUUUCCCCGCAAGACUCGUCCAACCCGAUCAGCGUGGUCUCGACUGCCCCAUACUACUCGUCUUACCCUUUGAUGACCGACUGUGUCAAGUCGGGGCUCCACAAAUGGGCUGGCGAUGCGAAGCAAUUUGACAAGGAUGAGCCUUACAUCGAAUUGGUCACCUCCCCCAACAACCCCGAUGGCUUCAUUCGACACUCCGUGGUGAACAGAACGGGCGGUAUAUUGAUCCACGACCUUGCUUAUUAUUGGCCGCAAUAUACGCCCAUUUCUGCGCCUUCUGACUAUGACUUGACGAUGUUCACUGUGUCAAAGAGUACCGGCCAUGCUGGGACGCGCAUUGGGUGGGCUUUAGUGAAGGACGUCGAAGUUGCAAAGAGAAUGGUCAAAUUCAUAGAGCUGAGCACGAUUGGCGUGUCAAAAGACUCGCAGCUUCGAGCUGCCAAAGUUCUGGAAGUGGUAUCCGACAGUAGUGAACAAGCCGGUGGUUCGGAGUAUCCGGAAUCGUUCUUCCAUUUCAGCCACGCCGUAAUGACUGAGAGAUGGAGGUUGCUAAGGGAGGCGGUGAAAGACAGCGGCUUAUUUAGUUUGCCUAAAUUUUCUCCCGCACAUUGCAGCUUCUUUGACAACAACUUGGGGACCCAACCUGCCUUUGCAUGGUUGAGAUGUGAUGGAGCCGACGUUGAUGAUUGCGAGAGCUUCUUCCGAGGCCACAAGAUACUCGCACGAGGCGGAAAGCAUUUCGGUGUUAGCCCCAAAUACGUCCGUGUUAGCAUGCUGGAUCGCGAGGAAACCUACAGUUUAUUUAUAGAAAGAUUGUCUCAGAUCAGCUCAUGACAUCUGACGCUGUUGCGGCUGAGAAGGCAUAUCAGAGGUUGAAGAACACAGGGGGUUUUGGGAUUCCGAAUGUAAAAUUGAAAA